UCCAUAUGUGGUGUUGUGGGUAUUAACAAUUUACAGGAGUUGCACCGAUAUUUCAAGUUUUCACAAUGACAGCUAUGGAAAAGUUCCAGUCGUCUAUAUGCACCCUGUAGAACCGAAUUUGUGUUACGAUAUUUGCAAACCGCAAAUUCGCCUCUACGGGAAUACAUGGGCGAUUCCAAUACCUCCGCUGUGUCAGGUAGAAGCCAUCAAGAACAUCUGAUAAUGCUUAAAUGGAUGUGAGCAAAAGUCCAACCUUUGGAAGAUGGAUAAGGAGAGGAGAAACUGGGCAGCAAAUAGAGAGAGAAUAAGAUAUUGAAAAGGAGAGAGCAGAAUGAUCUAGUAAACCGCAAAGGACGCGUGCGAGCAAAGAUCAUUUGAAGCGAUUGAUUUACAGCUUUUUACAACCCAAUAAAACUCAGACAACAUUCAAACUGGGGCCUUCGACUUAAGCGGGCGGGAGGGCGGGCGCGCGUGCGAUUCUAAUAAAUAAGCCAAGCUAACUUUUAUGUGUCGUUUUUAUUUUUAUCCAAUAAAAACUGACACAGCAAUGAUGCCUAUUAUUUAGGAAGUCGAAGGCAUUUAACCUGGAGGUUCAGCUCUCAGUCUCAAUGGUAUAUUGAGUGGGGGACACUGUCGGUAACCCGCCAGGCCAUUAUCACUGAUAGGGUUAUUAUGCAACUAUAAUUAGUAGACCAUUGCAACUCCAGCUGCAUAUAACCACCUCUACCCCGACCCAUUGCUAGUUUUCUGUUAUAUAUUGGUGUUGUAAUAACCUUACAAUAAUAGUAAAGAUAUUAUAGCAUAGUUUGCACAUUAUUAGUGUUUUCAUAUCGUGAGUAGCAUUAUAAAUAGAUCUUAACUAAUCACAUUAUGGCCUAGUAGCUUGCCCAUCUGGUAGUAGCAUAAUCCUCAUUGGUUCAGAAUAAUUGAUGUCAACCUAUAAACGGUUGAAAUAGGCUACUAUUUUAUGUUCAAUCAGCUAGUCGAUUAUCAAUACAGCCAAAUCAUGUACCCUUUAACGUGUGAUAUUUCCUUAAAAUAAAAGUUUUCCACCUAUUUGCUUUAUUAUUUCUGUUUUAGCCAAUGGGUUCUAGGUAGGUCUAUGUGUGCGUUCUCAAUCCAUGUUUUUUAUAGUGAGAUGUGCGGAACUACAUAGAUUAUGUCACUCAACGUUACAGUGUUUUGUAAAUGUUUCCUCUUCUCCCUGCCUGCUAGGUAAGUCCCCACAUGUUCCCUCACAUAGGCACAUAUUCUUGCCCUAUUCAGUCAUUUCAAACUUAUAUUGACAGAACGGACGUGUCCUUGUUUCGUGAAAACAAUCUCACACAUAGGCCUACACAAAGGGCAGCCUACACAAAUAUUCAAAUUAAUAUUUUGUUCCUUAUCCGGGAACUACUUCACCAGCUGCUAUUGGACUGCUGUGUCACGUGGUUAAAGUAACUUUACAGGGUCGCUUGCUAGUAGGAGGGCUUUAUGGACCAGAAAAACGACAAAGGUAGAAAAAUAAUUUUUCACUUCAUAAAUUAAUGAUCAUGAGCUCGUAUUUGAUGGACUCUAACUACAUCGAUCCGAAAUUUCCUCCUUGCGAGGAAUAUUCACAAAAUAGCUAUAUCCCAGAACACAGCCCUGAAUACUACAGCCGCACAAGAGACCCUGGCUACCAGCAUCACCACCAGGAGUUGUAUCCUCCGCGAGUGACCUACCAGGAGCGCCCGUAUAACUGUGUAAGCAUCCCCGAGCCCGAGCCCCAGACUGGCCAUGGGCUCACACACUCGGGAAAUCUGCUCGCGGGGAAGGCACAGACAGCUCCACGUGAGCCCUUGCCAUCGUUACCCACAUCCCCUACGACCCCACCGACUGUACCGUCCGCCUGCAUCCAAGCCGCCCCGGAGCAUCCCACCACCUCUGCCUCAUCUAAGCAGCCUGUAGUGUACCCAUGGAUGAAGAAAAUCCACGUCAGUACUGCGAAUCCCAAUUACAAUGGAGCAGACGCAAAGCGGUCUAGGACUGCUUACACUCGCCAGCAGGUCUUAGAAUUGGAGAAGGAGUUCCACUAUAACCGCUACUUAACUCGGCGAAGACGCAUCGAGAUUGCCCACACCUUAGUUCUCUCCGAGCGCCAGAUCAAAAUUUGGUUUCAGAACCGAAGGAUGAAGUGGAAAAAAGACCAUAGGCUACCCAACACGAAAGUGAGAUCCUCAUCUAACACUAGCGCAAGCUCCGGGUCCACCACAGCUUCAACAGCCAGCGCUCUUCCGCGUGCCCUGGGCUCCAACGCGGUGCUAUCUUCCCAGGAACUCUCUCGAAAGUCUGUUUUCGAACACGACCAGGAUUUAUAGACGCUAAAUAAUAUCUGGUAAAGCGGAAGAAAAAACUACGGAUUAUUUAUUAAAUAUAUAUAUGAUUUUUUAAUAUAUAUUUCCUCUUCGUAGUGUUAUUGUUCUUUCUCUCUGUCUAAAAUUAUUGAAGUAUGCAUGUUUAUCGCAUGGAUUACUGCAGAUUCAAACGGAUUAUUACGGUUAUCAGGGUUUAUUUAUUCACAAUAGUAAUCGCUUAAUUUUUAGAAAGUCGUUUUUACGAAAAGGUAAUGUACGUUAAUGAAAGUAUUUGCCUGUGGCAGAAUACGUAUAGCUAACAAUAGACCUACGUGUAUUAGAUGUACAUGCUCAACUGUUUUAUUUAUUAACCGAAAAAAAUAAAUGUAGGAUAAUUUAUUUUUUCAUCUGCGGCGUGACAUUAAUCAGUAUUGUAGUCUACUAUUAAAAAUAUUUAUUUUGCAAUACAUAAAAGUCAGUUAAAUGUUGUGAAUUUUUUUUUCAACACAACCACUUGAG